GGUGCCGGCCCGCCGCGCUGCCCCGGCCGCCGCACCGGCCCCCGGCCCGCUCGCCGCUCCCGCGGCCCGGCUCGCCCCCGGCCCCGGCCCCGCUCCCCGCCGGGGGGUGGUGGCUCCGCUUGGCCAUGAGUUUACCGCAGAAGGCGGCUUUGAAGCCCGGCGCGGCGGCGGCGGCGGCGGCGGCGGCGGCGGGGACCGGCCCCGGGAGCGGGGCGGCGGCGGCGGCGGCGGGGCCGCCUCCCCCCCCGGCUCCCCCUCACGCGGCGGCGGCGCCGGCGCCUCACCCCAACAUCAGGGCCUUGCCGCCCCAGCCGCCCCAGCAACUGCCCCGAGGCCCCGUGCAGCAGCCCCUCGAGGAGCGGAUCUUCACGCCGACGGUCUCCGCCGUGUACAGCACUUUUAUCUCCACACAGGUAACACAAGUAGCAAGACAGCCGGGUCCUCCUGCCCCGUCCCCUUACUCUGCACAUGACAUAAACAAGGGACACCCCAAUCUUGCUGCCACGCCACCGGGACAUGCGGCGUCCCCUGGGCUCUCACAGGCUCCGUACCCCUCAGGACAGAAUGCCGCUCCGACCACGCUGGUGUACCCUCAAGCCCCUCAGACAAUGAACACGCAGCCGCAGACCCGCUCGCCGCCCAGCAGAACAGUGCCAAUACAUUGCACAGACAACUGGAAGAGGAGGAAGGUUUUGGAACAGAGUCCGGUUUACAGGUCCCUGGCUGGAAGAGGCUGGAUAAAAUACUGCAUUUUUUUCCAGAGGCCUCAGAUACAGCCUCCGAGAGCCACCAUCCAGAACAGCAGCCCUUCCAUCCGUCCCGGUGCACAAACACCAACUGCAGUGUAUCAAACCAACCAGCACAUCAUGAUGGUUAAUCAUCUGCCAAUGCCGUAUCCGAUGCCUCAGGGCCCCCAGUACUGUAUACCACAGUAUCGUCAUAGUGGCCCUCCAUACGUUGGGCCCCCACAGCAGUAUCCUGUACAGCCGCCAGGGCCGGGCCCGUUUUAUCCAGGACCAGGUCCUGGAGAAUUCCCUAAUGCCUACGGAACACCUUUCUACCCAAGUCAGCCAGUAUAUCAGUCAGCGCCCAUCAUAGUGCCUACGCAGCAGCAGCAGCCUCCGCCAGCUAAAAGAGAGAAAAAAACGAUCCGAAUCCGGGAUCCAAACCAGGGGGGUAAAGAUAUAACGGAAGAAAUUAUGUCCGGAGGGGGCAGCAGGAACCCAACGCCUCCCAUCGUGAGACCCACUUCCACGCCUACUCCACCUCAGCAGCUGUCCAGCCAGGUCCCAGAGCCCAGCCCGGUGGUCUAUGGGGCCGUGGAGAGCCCCCACCUCGCCGCCGGCGCCCCCGCCACCACGACGAGCAGCCCGAAGCAAGAAGAGAAGCCAAAACCUGAUCCAGUAUUAAAACCACCUUCUCCAGUCCUCAGACCAGAAUCUACCAUCGAGAAGAAAGAUCAAGCUGGCCAGACGAGUGAGGCUGCCUCCGUGGAGACCCCGCCAGACCUUCCUCUCGCUGCCUCGCCGACCCCAGCGGCUCCCGUGGCGGUUGUAACUCCUCCUGUUGCUGCUGCUGUCGCGGCCCUUCCUAGCAAAUCUACGUUUACAGCUGACUCGGAGGAGAGCUGUGAACUCGCCUCCCCCAAAGAGGAGGCAAUGCCUAUAUCUAAUGCCGCCCCCUGCGCGGACACGUCGGACCCUUCGCCAGCGGACGAGGCUGACGCCGACACGUGCAAGGAGCCUAGUAGUGUAGCAUCUAGUGAUAUUCCAGUGACUGCUAGUACUAAUCUAAUUAAUGAAAUGAACGGAGUUAGUGAAAACGUCACUGCUGCCGAGAGUGUAGCAGAUGUAGCCCCAGAGGAAGUGGCGCCAUUGACUGUUGAACUGGAGACACCUGAAGCACCUCCAGCAGAAGUGGAAAGCGUGCCAUCUUCCAUCGCUCUCCCCACCGCUCCCUCGCCUCCGCCGACGCCUCCGCCGACCCCUCCUCCUCCUCCUCCACCUCCUCCCCUUUCUGUUGCUGCUGCUGUGACCACUACGACUCCUUCUCCACCUCCUCUUCCAUCUCCUAGUGCCCUCCCUGGUGUUCAGGGAGAUUUAGAAGGAGAGGAGAGCACAAGAACUACUCUUAGCGAAGACACAAAAGAUACUGAAAAGAAGGAAGAGACCGAAGCAGAUGGGCAAGCGGAGGAGAGCAUGGAGUCUCCGAGUUUAAACUCUAGGAAGAGUCCUGUCCCAGCCCAAACCGCUCUAACUGCACCAAAGACGUGGAAGAAACCAAAAGACCGGACCCAGGCCGCCGAGGAGGCCGUGGAGGCGGAAGCGGAGCCUAAAGCAGAAGAGGAGCUUUCAGGUGACAAAGUACUUGAAUCUGAACAGGAUAAAAUGAGCCAUGGGUUCCCACUGGAGAAAGACCCCCCGGAGCUUAAGAAAGUGAAAGCCGUGGAGGAAAACGGAGAGCAGGAAGCAGAGCCUGUCCGUAACGGCGCCGAGAGCGUCUCCGAGGGAGAAGGGACCGAUGCAAACUCAGGCUUCGCAGAGAGCUCCAGCGAAGGGCCGGUGUACCAGUACAAACCAGAGCAGUGGAAGCCCCUGGAUCCCGAAGGCAAGAAGCAGUACGACCGGGAGUUCUUGCUGGAUUUCCAGUUCAUGCCCGCCUGCAUCCAGAAGCCGGAGGGGCUGCCUCCCAUAAGCGAUGUGGUCCUCGACAAGGUGAGAGGAGAGCCCAUAAAACAGGUCAAUCAGCCAAAAUUGCCGCUGAGGACCCUGGACCCCCGGAUACUGCCUCGAGGACCAGACUUCACGCCAGCCUUUGCCGAUUUUGGGAGGCAAACCUCCGGUGGAAGAAGCGUAUCUGGAAGUGCCUGCAAAGUGCAGAGCAACCCUGGAUUGCCCUCCCUGGCUCGGUGCGGUUCCCCAGCAUGCCCUCUCUUGGUCUCGCCUCACCCACCAUUGAGGAACCUGCCGAUAGGGUUGUUGAAUGUUGGACCAAGGAGAUCUCAGCCGGGCCAGAGGCGAGAGCCCAGGAAGAUUAUCACCGUGUGCGUGAAGGAGGAUGUCCAUCUCAAGAAGGCAGAGAAUGCCUGGAAGCCGAGCCUGAAAAGAGAAAACCAAACCGAGGACCCAGAAAAUGUCAAAACCCAGGAGCUGUUCCGCAAGGUACGAAGCAUCUUAAACAAGUUGACACCGCAGAUGUUCAAUCAACUAAUGAAGCAAGUAACGGACCUGACAGUAGACACGGAAGAGAGGCUGAAAGGAGUCAUCGACCUGGUCUUUGAGAAGGCUAUUGAUGAGCCAAGCUUCUCGGUGGCGUACGCCAACAUGUGUAGAUGUCUUGUAACGCUGAAAGUACCUAUGGCAGACAAACCUGGGAGCACAGUAAAUUUCCGCAAGUUGCUGUUGAAUCGUUGCCAGAAGGAAUUUGAAAAAGACAAAGCUGACGACGAUGUCUUUGAAAAGAAGCAGAAAGAACUUGAAGCUGCUACCACUCCAGAGGAGAAGACGCGGCUCCAUGAUGAGCUGGAAGAGGCCAAGGACAAAGCUCGACGGAGAUCUAUUGGGAAUAUUAAAUUCAUUGGCGAACUUUUUAAACUCAAAAUGCUGACGGAGGCCAUCAUGCAUGACUGCGUGGUAAAGCUGCUGAAAAACCAUGAUGAGGAGUCCCUCGAGUGCCUUUGCCGCCUACUGACUACCAUUGGCAAGGACCUGGACUUUGAGAAAGCAAAGCCUCGCAUGGACCAGUAUUUUAAUCAGAUGGAGAAGAUUGUGAAAGAGAGAAAAACAUCUUCCAGGAUUCGGUUCAUGCUUCAGGACGUAAUAGACCUAAGGCUGUGCAACUGGGUUUCGCGGCGAGCAGACCAGGGCCCGAAGACCAUUGAGCAGAUUCAUAAAGAAGCCAAGAUUGAAGAGCAAGAAGAACAGAGGAAGGUCCAACAACUCAUGACCAAAGAGAAGAGGAGACCGGGUGUCCAGCGGGUCGAUGAAGGCGGUUGGAACACUGUGCAGGGGGCGAAGAACAGCAGAGUGCUGGACCCCACCAAGUUCCUUAAAAUCACCAAGCCCACAAUAGAUGAGAAGAUUCAGCUUGUGCCUAAAGCCCAGUUGGGCAGCUGGGGAAAGGGCAGCAGUGGUGGAGCAAAGGCGAGCGAGAUGGACUCCUUACGACCAAGUGCCACUAGUCUGAACAGAUUUUCUGCGCUGCAGCCUCCAGUCUCAUCCGUAUCUGCCUCAUCUGCAUCCUCAGAGUUAGAUUCUCGCAGGGCCUUAACUAGUCGCGGGAGCACGGGCAGGGAGAAGAACGACAAACCUCUCCCGCCUUCAAUCACCCGUCCAAACACCUUCCUUCGGGGCAGCAGCAGUAAAGAGCUGCUGCUCGACAAUCAGGCGCAAGAGGAGCAGCGGAGAGAGAUGCUGGAGACGGUGAAGCAGUUAACGGGCGGCAUGGAGAUGGAUAGGAACAGCUCAGAGGCGGACAGGAACAAAGCCAAGGAAUCUGCCAAGCCAGAAGCUCCCCCAGCUCCCGUACAAGACAAGCCUUCGCUAUCAGAAGAGGAAAUAGAGAGAAAAUGCAAAUCUAUCAUUGAUGAGUUCUUGCAUAUUAAUGAUUUUAAGGAAGCGAUGCAGUGCGUGGAGGAGCUGAGCGCCCAGAAUCUGCUGCCUGUUUUCGUGCGAGUGGGAGUGGAGUCGACACUCGAGAGGAGUCAGAUCACCAGGGAUCACAUGGGCCAGUUAUUAUAUCAGUUGGUGCAGUCAGGAAAGCUGAGCAAGCAGGAUUUCUUCAAGGGGUUUUCAGAUACCUUGGAGAUGGCGGAUGAUAUGGCCAUAGAUAUACCCCAUAUUUGGUUGUACCUAGCUGAGUUGGUGACCCCCAUGUUAAAAGAAGGAGGAAUCUCUAUGAGAGAACUUAUACAAGAAUUUAGCAAACCUUUGCUUCCUGUGGGAAGAGCCGGGGUCUUGCUUGCUGAAAUCUUGCACCUUCUAUGCAAACAAAUGAGCCAUAAGAAAGUGGGAGCCUUAUGGAGGGAGACUGGCCUCAGUUGGAAGGACUACUUACCUGAAGGGGAGGAUGUACAUACCUUUCUCACGGAACAAAAGUUGGACUUCACGGAGUCCGACUGUUCCAGUUCCUCAGAAGCACUUUCAGAGAAAGAACUCUCUGCAGAAGAGCUGAACAAGCAGCUAGAAAAACUCAUUGUUGAGGACAAGGCAAACGAUGAACAAAUCUUUGACUGGGUAGAGGCUAAUCUAGAUGAAAGCCAGAUGAGUUCACCUACAUUCCUUAGAGCUUUAAUGACAGCAGUUUGCAAAGCAGCUAUUAUAGCGGACUCUUCUAGCUUCCGUGUGGACACUGCUGUUAUCAAACAGAGAGUGCCGAUCUUACUCAAGUACCUAGACUCAGACACAGAGAAGGAACUACAAGCACUUUAUGCACUACAAGCAUCAAUAGUAAAACUUGAUCAGCCUCCUAAUUUGUUGCGGAUGUUUUUUGAUUGCCUGUAUGAUGAGGAGGUAAUAUCGGAGGAUGCCUUCUACAAGUGGGAGAGCAGCAAGGACCCGGCGGAGCAGAAUGGGAAAGGAGUAGCGCUAAAAUCUGUCACAGCGUUCUUCACGUGGCUACGGGAGGCUGAAGAGGAGUCGGAGGAUAAUUAAAACUUAAAAUACAGAAAAAAAAAAAACAAAAGAAACAAUUUAAGUAUUUUUUUAAAAAGUUUCACGUCUUCGCCAAUCACAGUGCAGCAAGGCCAAUUCUCGCGCAGACCCCCCCCUUCCCCCACACAUGCACGAGUGGGAGAGGUAAAAAUAGAUAAACACAAAGGUGAUCAUGGAGGAAAAAAAGGUACUUGAAAAACAAAGCAAACUUCAAACCUGAGGGCGGGAGCACUAAACCAAAAUACAUGUAUUAUUUAUAGAAAAUAUUUUCUGUUUUAAUCUUUUUUUUUUCUUUUCUUUUUAAACAAGGACUCAUACUUACAAAAACACAAAGCGAAACAAAUCUGUUUAGCAAAAAAAAAAAGUUGAAAACUUAAUUUAUUAUUUUAAGGACUGCAAAUGCCAGUGUAAUUUUUAAAUUUGCAGUUUCUGUAAACAAAUUGUAUAAUAGAACAAAAGCAGAGAAAUAAAUUUCCCUCCCCUUCAUACGCACCUCAGUUUUGUUUCAAAGCAUGAUAAAUAGACAAAACUUUCAAGGGGGUAGGGGUAAGCUAGAUGAGGAAGAGAUCAAUUUUUUUUUUAAUUGUCAUCAGAUUUUUCUGCCUGCCUCUCAGCUUGCUUCAGAAAUUUAAGAGAAAAUAGUAAUCAAAACGUACAUAACCUUGGAACGGAAGGAAAUGCAUUUGAGAAAACCGCUGCGGACCAGAGUGCUCCGAAAAUAACUCAUUCAAAACAGUGCUACCCUGGGGAAAAAAAGUACUAGUGAUACUUUCAGAACCUUUAGAGCAACUUUAAGGCUUGUAAAUACAUAGAACAAAUAUUUAAAAAAAAAAAAAAAGAGGAAAAAAAGAAAUUGACUCAAUACUAUUUCUUUUCACUUUCAAAAUAUAAAGAACAAAAUAAAGACAAACAUUGCAAGUUUAAAAGAAAGUAAAGCGACUUCUCCUUUGACAGCUGCUGAAUGUGUGCACCCUCUCUGGGCGGUGCUGGCUUCCUUUCCAUUGUGUACAUCCAAAUUGUGUACAUAUAGUGUGUGUCUGUAUGCGUGUCGACCAAAAAGAGGGGUGAGAGCACUUGUAAAAGGGGGUUGCUGCUUGGGAGACCUUUUCUGCAGAGAGAACUUAACGACGGCGGAGCAGCCGCGGUGCCACGGAGGGUGCCCGGGCGGCCGAGACCUGCUCCCCGCUGCCUUCCCAGCCCCGGUGUCGCGUGGCUCGGAGCAGCGGCGUCGUGCUGGUGCGAGAGCGGUGGCUGCGGCGGCCGCAGCCUUUGGAGCCCGACGACCGACGGACCGACGGCCCUUCGUGGCUCGCCUUGCUGCGCCGGAGGGACCCAAAGACCCGUCGGGGUGGAGAAGCAAGCGACCGGCGCGACGGAGCAAAAGAGGCGACGCUGUGAGCGAUUCGAUGCUCCUCCCGGCUCUGCCCAGCCCGUGGCCGUGUCCGAAGUCCGAGUGGGCGCUGCGGGAGAGCGCGCAGGCCCUGAGGACCGCGGCCGUGCCCCGAGGGACCGCAGCCCUCCAACCCGAGCUGCUCCCCAGUGCAGUAAGUCUCUCGCGUGUCUCUCUUCAACAACCAAAGACGACCUGCUGGCUCUCACUGUGAAGAAGCAUCUGCCAUGAUACAGUCUGCAGCGUCCGGGAAGCCCCGAGCCGAGCGCGCGAACUGGUCCGCGGAGCACGGCGACCUGCGGAGCGAGGGCCGGGGGCCUGUGCAGCGCGAGCUGCUCCCGCGGCGCUGUCUCUUUCUCUCCAGCUGCUAAAUCACUUCUUUUUUUACAAAAAAAAGAAAAACGAGGAAAAAAAAAAGGCUACAACUACAUUAAAUACUUUCCUAACCUUA